GCCCACGCUACCCGUCGCCCUCCCACCUCUGGCACCCAACCUCGACCGCAAAUCCAAACGCCCCUCGGCGUCCGUGUCGAAGUCUAUUACGAAUGGACCAUCGACCAACGCUCACACCAACCAAUCCCUCUCACCGUGCACAUCUCCAUUCUCAAAUCCACCUCCAACCUCUCCGGUUGCCUCGAGCGCAAGUUCUCCCGCUCAACGCCGGUCACGUGUGCACCGCCUACCUCGGUUUCCUCCCCUCGUACUCCACCACCGACGCGGCGGUUAGGGAUAAGAGGGUGUGUGAGGUCAUGCUUGGGGCGCUGGAGGAGAGCGGGGUAAUGUUGAUGAGGCGGUAUGGGCUCGGGGCGGGCAUCAUGAUCAUUGGUAUGCCCUGCCUAUGCUGAAGAGGUUCGAGAAUCCGAAUUUGGGGGGACAAGGUGAUGCGCGGGAUGGCAGCCGUCGAGGAAGGUCGACAGGGAGUAUCGGUCGUUGGUGUGGUGAGGAGCAUCGAAGAGCUCGACGCUCCCGACUUCAGAUGUCCACACUCGAGCAACAUUAUCUAGCGCGCCGCCGAGAAGGAGCGCACGUCGGCACCAUCAAACAAGUGUAGCUCACCUUGUCC